CCUUCUCCUCCUCCUCCCUCUUCACCGCCGUCGCCGCCGCUGUCCCUCUCCCGGCCGGUGGCUGCCGCUGCCGCUGCCGCUGCCUCUAGGGGCCGCGAGCCGAGCGGAGGCCGCCGCGGAGCACUAGCUCCGCCGUCCCGCCGGCCGCCGCAGGCCCCGGGCCGGCUCGGCGGGCGCCCCCCGCGCCCCCACGGCCCGAGCGUCCGUCCGCUCGCCCCCGCGGGCCCGGCCUGGCGCGGACGCCCGCCGCCGCCGCGCUCCUCUUCCUGCUCGGGCGGCCCGCGGCCCGCCGCCUCCCGCGCCUGCCGCCCCGCGCCCCGCGCCGCGCCGCCGCCGCCGCCGCCCUCGGCGCCCCGCGGCGCCCCCCGGUCCCGCCCGCCAUGCCCGGCCCGGCCGCGGGCAGUCGGGCCCGGGUCUACGCCGAGGUGAACAGCCUGAGGAGCCGCGAUUACUGGGACUACGAAGCCCACGUCCCGAGCUGGGGUAAUCAAGAUGAUUACCAACUGGUUCGAAAACUUGGUCGGGGCAAGUAUAGUGAAGUAUUUGAGGCCAUUAACAUCACCAACAAUGAGAGGGUGGUUGUAAAAAUUCUCAAGCCAGUGAAGAAAAAGAAGAUAAAACGAGAGGUUAAGAUUCUGGAGAACCUUCGUGGUGGAACAAAUAUCAUUAAGCUGAUUGACACUGUAAAGGACCCUGUGUCAAAGACACCAGCUUUGGUAUUUGAAUAUAUCAAUAAUACAGAUUUUAAGCAACUCUACCAGAUCCUGACUGACUUUGAUAUCCGGUUUUAUAUGUAUGAACUACUUAAAGCUCUGGAUUACUGCCACAGCAAGGGAAUCAUGCACAGGGAUGUGAAACCUCACAAUGUCAUGAUAGAUCACCAACAGAAAAAGCUCCGACUGAUUGAUUGGGGUCUGGCGGAGUUCUAUCAUCCUGCUCAGGAGUACAAUGUUCGAGUGGCCUCGAGGUACUUCAAGGGACCAGAGCUCCUUGUGGACUAUCAGAUGUAUGAUUACAGCUUGGACAUGUGGAGCUUGGGCUGUAUGUUAGCAAGCAUGAUAUUCCGAAAGGAGCCGUUCUUCCAUGGGCAGGACAACUAUGACCAGCUUGUUCGAAUUGCCAAGGUUCUGGGGACAGAUGAACUGUAUGGGUAUCUGAAGAAGUACCACAUAGACCUAGACCCACACUUCAAUGACAUCUUGGGACAACAUUCACGAAAGCGCUGGGAAAACUUUAUCCAUAGUGAGAAUAGACACCUUGUCAGCCCUGAGGCCCUAGAUCUUCUUGACAAGCUCCUGCGGUACGACCAUCAACAGAGACUGACUGCCAAAGAGGCCAUGGAGCAUCCGUACUUCUACCCUGUGGUGAAGGAGCAGUCCCAGCCUUGCGCAGAGAACGCCGUGCUUUCCAGUGGUCUCACCGCAGCACGAUGAAGCCUGGGGAAUCGACGGUCUGUUGCGGUUCCUACACUUUUCCAUAAGCAGAACAAGAACCAAAUCAAACGUCUUAACGCGUGUAGCGAGAUCACGUCCCGAGAGCAGACACAAAAUGGUGGCAGGCUUGGCGAGCACGAACUAGACCACCUGAAGGGCAGCCCACCACCGUAUAUCAGACCUCACUUCCGAAUGUAAAAGGUUCACAUGCCUUUGGCUUCCUGUUGACUUCCUCCCGACCCAGAAAGCAUGGGAAAUGUGAAGAGUAUGCAAAAAUGGUUGUUGGUUACUGUUGCUCCCCGUGCCCGUGACCUGUCCCAUGGCUGCCCGUUGCUCCAGCAAAUCCCAAGGACUGGCUGACCACAGACUCCACAGAUGGGAUCGGGGCAGUGUAUGGCAUGAUGGGCAGUUACAUAUUAUUUUAAAAGUAUAUAUUAUUGAAUAAAACGUUUUAAAAGAAGUG